AUGCAAGCAAGACUAGAGGAAGAAAGAAGAGCUUCGAUCUCAUCGUUAAUCAUGGCGUAUGGAGACAGCAGAUCAGGGCCGUCCAUCUUGGAUUCAUUCUCGCUCUCGCCUCUACCGUGGCCGGUUCUUUUAAUCCUAGCCGUCGCGUCGGUGUUCCUAAUGAGUUCAUGGUACUUCAGCUUCGAAGAAGCAGCCGAAUCCGCGGGGGAGCAGAUGAAUCUUGCUCUUCUCUUGAUCCCUCUGUUUCUCAUAGUGUUGGUCCGGUGGUUAUCUUCCGUGGAGAACCCAGACGCGUUUCUUGGGAUGUUUUCGAACCGUCGUCAGACUUACCGGAGUCCCGGCGCCGGAGAUGACGGUGGUAGCUCGCCUUGGGGAGUGGCGGCGAUUAUAGUUCUGUUACUUGUGUUGCUUCAGUAUCAGUCAAGUUUCUGGGAGAUGUGGUUUGGUUGA